AUGGGCGUUCAUAAUCUCUGGGACCUGCUCGCGCCGUGCGGCCGCCGCUGCUCCAUCGACUCGCUCGCGCGGAAGCGCCUCGCCGUCGACGCCUCCAUCUGGCUCAUCCAGUUCAUCAAGGCGAUGCGCGACGUCGAGACGGGCGAGAUGCUGCACAACGCGCCGCAGCUCGGCCUCUUCCGCCGCCUCUGCAAGCUCCUCUUCCUACACGUGCGACCGCUCCUCGUCUUUGACGGAGGCGCGCCGCUGGCACUCGCACUCUCAACCAUCUCCGUUCUCUCAACCUCUCAACUCUCAACUCUCUCCGCUCUCUCCGCUCUCUCCGCUCUCUCCGCUCUCUCUGCCAUCUCCGCUCUCGCUCCACGACAUCUCCACAGUCUCCGCGUGCUCUCCUCUCCGCGAGCCCUCUACGCCCAACACCACACACGAGCACGCGCGCGGCUGCCCAACGAGCAUGGACUCUGCCCGGACACGUCCGGGACGCGUCCGCCAGGCACCCCGGCCAUCAAGAAGCGGACGGUGGCUCGGCGGCGCGAGUUUCGGCAGCGGCAGGAGUCGUCGCUCGAGCGGACGGCGAAACGGCUCAUCCUCAACCAGAUGAAGGGCCGCCACAUCCUGCACGGCGUUGCCACAGCAGACGGAGCGAAUGGCCGCACCGCCAGCGCUCCUGCGGCGGCGGGCGGCGCGGCGGCGGGUGGUGCGGCGGCGGGCGGCGCGGCGGCGGGUG